ACCAUUGCCUUUAGAUCAAUUCAACUUUCCAAAAGAGGAGGAGAAAAUUCUUGAAUUCUGGAGGGAAAUAGAUGCAUUUAAUACUCAGAUACAUCUAUCCAAAGAUAGGCCUCCAUACUCAUUUUAUGAUGGCCCUCCGUUUGCCACCGGACUUCCGCACUAUGGACAUUUACUGGCAGGCACUAUCAAG